GUUUACUGGCUGCUAUAAGUAUCUGUAUCAUGGCUUAAUAAUUCAUUAAUCUAUUUUAAAAGUGCAAAAAGGAAUCCUAACCUGUUAACUGUUAGGGCCAGGGGCGGACUGACAACUCAUGGGGCCCCCAGGCAAUAGGGGAUCAUGGGGCCCCUGUGUCCUUGCCCACACUUAAAGCACACCCAAAAAAAGCCUAUAAAAGGUACCAGGGGCAUCUCAUGGGGCCCCCUACUGACCCCGGGCCCUCGGGGAGUGCCCGAGUUUCCAAAU